CCAUUUCCAUGUUCUGAGUGUGGGAAAUAUUUUGCACAGAAAUCACAACUUGCUACACAUCAGAGAAGUCACACAGGUGAGAAGCCAUUUCCAUGUUCUGAGUGUGGGAAAUGUUUUGCACACAAAGCACAUCUUGCUAGACAUCAGAGAAGUCACACAGGUGAGAAGCCAUUUUCUUGCUCUGAGUGUGGGAAAUGUUUUAUCCGGAAAUCACAUCUUGUUACACAUCAGCGAAGUCACACAGGUGAGAAGCCAUUUCCAUGUUCUGAGUGUGGGAAAUGUUUUACACACAAGUCAGAUCUUUUUAGACAUAACAGAAGUCACACAGGUGAGAAGCCAUUUUCUUGCUCUGAGUGUGGGAAAUAUUUUGCACAG